UGAACUCCAGUUAGUGUGGACAACAGGUGCACUACAGCCUCUCUCCUCCCCGCUGUUGGAUAAUGCCCGCAGAGCGCCGCUCGUCGCUUUGCGCAUGCAGGGCUUCCUCGUCUGCACUCUGAACAUUUGCACGUUUUUGUAUCCUGAUCACUUCCAGCCACAAAAAUGCCUUUUCCGCCCAUCAGCCUCCACCAGCGGAUCUCCUCUCCUGGCAGGGAGCUAUUCGGGAAAAAGAAAGCCAACGGAGUGCCUCCUCACAAUGAGCUCACCAGCAAAUCCGGCGGAGAGAAAGGUGGAUCCGAGAAGGAGAAGCAGUCAUCUUCUUGGACAUCGGCGAAUUUAAGGAAUUUGGGGCGUAAAGCCCAGCAAGAGAAGAGUAGAGGCCCAGCUCAGAAGGCGGGUGCCGGUCAGGAGACCCAGGGAAAGAGCUCCUGGCUGUCGGUACCCAAACCUCAGGACUCGUCUGAAGGAGUCAGGCGCUCCAGCUCCAUGGACGCCGCCAGACACCUCCAGGGCAAAGAGGAAGGAAAGAAGGAGAUUCAGUUUACUCUAAGUCUCACCCCUGAAGCCAUUCUUGUCAUCCAAAAACGGAAUCUCGAAAAGCAGAUGAUGGCAAAGCAGCAGUGUUGCGCCUCCGCGGACUUUCGGCACAGGCGAGUUUUUCCAUCCAAAAAGGCGCACGGAGCGUCCAAGGGCUGCGCUCCUGUCGCCAAAGUGGAAAGCGCCGAGCAGGACAUUACAGCCAUCGUUAAAAUAUCUCUUUUGAAUGAUCAGUAUAAGUACGACGAUGUGGAGUAUGAAGAAGAGGAUGGAGACGUGGACGAGACUGUUGUGAGGAAAUGUAAAGAGUGGCUCAAAGGGGUCGAAAAUGCCGCUGCUUUGGGAAAAGUCGACAAACUUUCUGCACUCCCGCACCUUAAAGGCUGCUGACACCUGACUUCAUAUUUCAUUUUCUAAACAGCUGACUGACGUGAUGAUGGACUCAUGAAAAGCGUACACCGAUAGACUACCGAUGUAGGCCUGCUGCAAUGGCAUCUUAAGUCUGACGCCUGCAAAUUAAACGAUUAGCGAAUGAGGGGAUAAAAUCCACUCCAGAGGAAUGCCAAUUUGUUUCGGGGUUAUGUACUAAAAUAGAUAUCACACAAAAAUGAAGAAAAUUGAAGAAACAUGAAAAUAGAUGAGUAAAUUGCAUAGGAAUAAGAGGGCGUUUGACAUCCUCUCUCCUCAACAAAAAUAAGAUGUUAAAGCUUAAUUGCAGCCUGUGGCUCAGCCAACAGUGCUUCUUAUGGUUCACAUGGACGUUGCUUUGCGAGUUUAAUGCCUGUUCAAUGUUUUGUUGAAGUUUGAACUGAUUACCUUGAUAUUCUUGUCCUUUGCACAUGGUUUUUGUAUUCAGUGGGGCGCCUGUGGAUUGGAAGAGGGGUUUGCGUAAAGGGACGCGAAACCGUUCCUUUGUGUUGGAGAACAAUAAGGUGUCAACAACAGGGCUUUAUAUGCGCCUGCUGCUGAAACCAAACUGGACUGUUUAUUUUCCUCUAAUAAGAGGGUUAACUUUGUAGGGAUUUAUCAGCGAUGUACAGUAUUUCAUAUUCACUAAAUAUUUGUACUGUCAAACGUUUUCUCAGCUGAUGAUUUUCUU